UCCAGAUUCCACAUUCUUCAAAGGUCAGCGCUAGGGGUAUUCACAGACAGGCUAGUGGCUCAGCGAAGACGCGAUCAUGGCCUCCACAGCACUGAAUUGCACACAUUUUAUGUUGUGUUUUAUUUAUUGUUCGUUACUUGUUGGUAAUAUAUUUUGCGAUGCUGAUUCUGAAGAAGAUGAACAUGCCAAGCAUACGUAUACGGUGGAUAUGUUCAACAAUGCUGUCCCCACCGCUCCCCACUUUGUCAUGUUCUUCGCCCCUUGGUGUGGUCACUGUCAGAGGCUACAGGGGACAUGGAACGAGAUGGGGGACAAAUACAACAGCAUGGAGACUCCACCCGCCUACGUAGUAAAGGUUGACUGCACUCAGGAUGUUAAGUUCUGCUCCAAUGUCCACGGCAUCAGGGGCUACCCCACGCUGAAGCUGUUCAAACCUGAGCAGGAGGCGAUGAAGUACCAAGGCCCCAGGGACCUGCAGUCUCUGGAGACCUGGAUGCUCAACACUCUGCAGGAGGAGCCUGUGCAGGAGCCAGAGACUGAACUGGAGCCUCCCAAAGCCCCAGAGCCCAAGCAGGGCCUGUUUGACCUCACUGCUGGCAACUUCAAGGCCCACAUCGCUAAAGGGUCCCACUUUGUCAAGUUCUUUGCCCCCUGGUGCGGUCACUGCAAGGCCAUGGCCCCGACCUGGGAGCAGCUGGCCACCAGCUUCGAGCACUCGGACAACAUCAAGAUCGGCAAGGUGGACUGUACCCAGCACUACGAGGUGUGCUCUGAGAACUCUGUGCGUGGCUACCCCACCCUGCUUUUCUUCAAGGACGGAGAGAAGGCGGACCAGUACAAAGGCAAGCGGGACCUGGACUCUCUGAAGGACUUUGUGGACAACCAGGUCAAGGCUGCUGCUGCUAAGGGGGAUGAUGAACACCCACAUGCCAACGAGAUCCCAGUACCCAGCGACGAGCCUGCUAAAGAGGAGUCUGGCGUGAUUACACUCACAGAGGCCAACUUUGAUGAGACAGUGGCCAAGGGACUGGUAUUCAUCAAGUUCUACGCUCCAUGGUGUGGCCACUGUAAGAAUCUGGCCCCUGUCUGGGAGGACCUGUCUAAGAAGGAGUUCCCUGGCCUGACUGACGUGAAGAUUGGCAAAGUGGACUGCACUGUGGAGAGGACGAUCUGCAACAGGUUUUCCGUGAGUGGGUACCCCACCCUGCUGAUGUUCAGGGCGGGUGUGCAAGGUGAGGAGCAUCAUGGAGGGCGCGACUUGGAGAGCCUCCACGGCUUUGUGAUGAAGCAGGCCCGAGACGAGCUGUAGCACUGUCCAAUCAACGUCCAUCGUUAGUUCUCUCCUCCCCCACACAGCAUAUCUGGCCAACCGGAGGAAUCCUUUCUCCUGUAGAGGCUAGCUCUCUUCUUUCUCUCUCUCCGAUCAUUUUCCUUUCAGAAAGGAUUCGCAUCAACAGGCUGUUUUUUUACCCCCAUCUGUAAUGCCUUGUUUUACCCCCUGUCUGUAAUGCCUUGUUUAC